CACGACGGUCUCUCUGCCCCCCCCCUCCCCCGACCCUUCCGUACAUCCACAGCUUCAGUUAGCGCACACAUAGCGGAACACGUUUGGCGUGGCCUUGCUGGCACCUGAGCGACCCUUGGACCCUUCCUGUUGACAUCCCUGUACCUGAGGAUCUGCCAGCCCCUCCUCCCCAGAUGUAGAGGGAGUUGUAAUCUUCAGCAGCCGUGUACACAAUUCUUGCGCUGUCCAGUGAAGUUGCCCACCAUGCGCGAGUACAAGCUUGUGGUGCUGGGGUCGGGAGGCGUGGGAAAGUCUGCACUGACAGUCCAAUUUGUGCAAGGCAUUUUUGUGGAGAAGUAUGACCCCACAAUAGAAGACUCCUACAGAAAGCAAGUCGAGGUCGAUGGGCAGCAAUGUAUGCUUGAAAUCCUGGACACAGCUGGAACUGAACAGUUCACGGCCAUGAGGGACCUGUACAUGAAGAAUGGCCAGGGCUUUGCUUUGGUGUACUCCAUUACAGCGCAGUCAACAUUUAACGACCUGCAGGACCUCCGGGAGCAGAUCCUGCGAGUAAAGGACACAGAGGAUGUUCCCAUGAUCCUGGUGGGAAACAAGUGUGACCUGGAGGAUGAGCGUGUGGUCGGGAAGGAGCAGGGUCAGAACCUGGCCCGUCAGUGGAACAACUGUGCCUUUUUAGAGACUUCAGCUAAAUCAAAGAUCAACGUUAAUGAGAUUUUCUAUGAUCUGGUGCGACAGAUCAACAGAAAAACGCCGAUGGAAAAGAAGAAGACAAAAAAGAAGUCAAGUUGCACACUGCUCUAAAUUGCCAUCCCACGAUAGCUCCAGGCCAGAAACUUGUAAUGAUUAACUGUUUCCCAGUGGAUCGUGCCAGCAUUCCAAGUCCUCUCCGAAGCAUUUUGAAAAAGGCUGACAGAGAAAUUUCACCACUCGCAAAAUGGCAGGAGACGGCACAUACUCUCAAGAAACUCUUUCUUUCUGCUCUUUAAUGGCAAAGAUAUCCACCUCUUCUUUUUUUA